AUGCCGCAAGCAGAUGCAUCAGUAAACUGCAGAAGGCAUAAGGCUGAGGACGCUCCAGCACAAUCUCUGACCCGACGUCAUCUGAACAACAUGCCGCUGCAACUCCUAGGAAGCCAGGCUCGCCUUCAGUGCGGUGGAAAACUGCGCCCAAAGCUGCACCGUCUGAAGAACGACCGGACGGAACCUCUGAGAUACUUGUCCGUGGCAGAAUGUGGGGCAAGAUCCAAAAUCCACCAGAUGGUGAUCGUUUUUGCUUUUACGAACAGGGCCGUCAUGACCAUUCCCACUCACGCCUCCCAAUGCGAAUAUGCGCGGAUUUCUCUAGGAUGUAGACGUGGGAGAGGCACCACGGUUGAGAUUUUUAUUCAAAGGUUGGAGACCGCCAGGGACCACGUUCUGCCCAUCGACUACUACUUUCCACCGCAGAAGACGUGCCUGAUCUGUGGGGAUGAAGCUUCUGGCUGUCACUAUGGAGCUCUCACUUGCGGAAGCUGCAAAGUCUUCUUUAAAAGAGCGGCCGAAGGUAAAGCAUGUUAUUUAUGCAAGUCACGNNNUGAUUGCACCAUCGAUAAAUUCCGAAGGAAAAAUUGUCCAUCUUGUCGCCUCCGGAAAUGCUAUGAAGCAGGGAUGACUCUGGGAGCCCGGAAGCUGAAGAAACUCGGCAAUCUGAAGCUGCAGGAGGAAGGGGAGCCUUCCAGCACCACGAGCCCCACCGAGGAGCCAACCCAGAAGCUGGCUCUGUCGCACAUUGAAGGCUAUGAGUGUCAGCCCAUCUUCCUGAAUGUCCUGGAAGCCAUCGAGCCCGGCGUGGUGUGUGCUGGACAUGACAACAACCAGCCCGACUCCUUCGCGGCCUUGCUCUCCAGCCUCAACGAACUGGGCGAAAGGCAGCUCGUACACGUGGUCAAGUGGGCCAAGGCCCUGCCUGGCUUCCGCAACUUGCACGUGGAUGACCAGAUGGCAGUCAUUCAGUACUCCUGGAUGGGCCUGAUGGUGUUCGCCAUGGGCUGGCGGUCCUUCACCAAUGUCAACUCCAGGAUGCUCUACUUCGCCCCUGACCUGGUUUUCAAUGAGUACCGCAUGCACAAGUCCCGCAUGUACAGCCAGUGCGUCCGAAUGAGGCACCUCUCUCAAGAGUUCGGGUGGCUGCAGAUCACGCCGCAGGAGUUCCUGUGCAUGAAGGCGCUGCUGCUGUUCAGCAUCAUUCCAGUGGAUGGGCUGAAAAAUCAAAAGUUCUUUGAUGAACUUCGAAUGAACUACAUCAAGGAACUCGACCGCAUCAUCGCGUGCAAGAGAAAAAACCCCACAUCCUGCUCGAGGCGCUUCUACCAGCUGACCAAGCUCCUGGACUCCGUGCAGCCUAUCGCACGAGAGCUGCACCAGUUCACCUUUGACCUGCUGAUCAAGUCCCACAUGGUGAGCGUGGACUUUCCGGAAAUGAUGGCAGAGAUCAUCUCUGUGCAAGUGCCCAAGAUCCUGUCCGGCAAGGUCAAGCCCAUCUAUUUCCACACGCAGUGAAGCCUCAGAAGCC